AAAUUUUUAAAAACGCAGUGAAAAUAAUUUGAAAUUUCUGAAAAAUCCACAUCAACACAGCAGGUGACCCAGCUAACAAUGGAUCCACCUAUGGAAUGUACUCAAUUAUCUUACGAAAUUCGAAAUAAUCAAACUUAUUCCUCAAAAUUAAAGCUUGUUAAUAAUUCAUUUUACUGGAAAAUAGAAAAUUUCAAGUUUAUCUGUAAAUAUAUGAAGGUAAUUAGAUCUCCGACUUUUGUAUCGCAGCAUUCAAAAGAUGAAUAUUCUAUUGAAAUUCAACCAACAGAAUUAAAAGAAGACAACGAAGAUCUAUUAAGUAUUCGUUUCAUUUGUGCAGCUGACAUUACAAAAUUUAUAAAUUUCAACAUAAGUAUAGGAGCUGACGAGAUUAAUUCCUAUAAAUAUUUUUACACCUUUAAAAAAGUACAAAAAGAUCAAAAUUUUUGGAUAGUAAGUGGAUCAGCUUUAUACAAAGCAUUCAAGCAAAAUUUACCGUCAAGGGUUGUAAUCACAUGUGAGUUUAGUGUCAUUGUUGGUGAUACAAAUACAAUAAAGAAGCCACUAACUGACUUUCUGAAAUGUAAUGAACUAAUAGCAAAUAUUAAAAGUUUGCUUCAUGAUGAAGAUCUUAAAGAUGUUGUCUUCAAAAUAGAGGAUGAAGAAUUCACGGCUCACAAAAUUAUUCUCGCCAGUCGAAGUCCUGUGUUUGCUGCAAUGUUCAAGAACAAAAUGAAUGAGGAACUAACAUCUAUUGUCGAAAUAGAUGACAUAAGAUCAUCAAUCUUUCAGCAAAUGCUAAAUUUUAUUUAUACGGAUCAAGUGGAAGAUUUAGAAGAAUCAGCAUUCGAAUUAAUAGACGUUGCGGAGAAAUAUCAACUAGAGAAUCUUAAGUCUAUGUGCAUCAACAGUCUAAAUGACAAUCUGUCUGUAGACUCAGUUAUUAAGACUCUGGAGAUUGCCGAAUUGUAUUCAGUUGAACUGUUAAGAAAUGAAUGCCUCAAAUUUAUGUACGAGAGAAAGUUUGAUAUCUGUGAGACAAACGAUUUUCAAGAAUUGAUAAAACUGCGCCCAAAUUUAUGGAUAGAUAUUUUAAAAAUGGAGAAACAGGAACAUGCUAUAGAAGGGAUAAUAGAUUCGUUUAAUAAUUGGGGUUACACAUUAAAAUGAAUCUAUUUUGGAACACUUUCUUAAUUAUGCAUUUUUUUUAUUGAAACAGUAUAAUAAAUGAAAAAAUAAGCGUUACAUUCGAAAAAGGGACAUAAAAAGUAAAGAAUAUUUUUAUCACAAACAUAACCUAUUUUUUUUUUUUUUUUUGUUAAAUUUAUUUUCUAAUAAACUUUCUUUAUAAUUACUCUUAUCUUUUUAAAAAAAAAUUGUACUCUAAAAAUUACAAAUCUAAAUUUUUUUACUUCUGGUUCUCUUUCUUCUAACAAAAGUGAAAUGAU